GCUGGCCAGGCUCCGCUUUGCUCCCGGCGCUGGCAAUCAACGCCCGCGUGAAGCACAAAUAGUUUAGGGUCGCCGAGGCAUCCGAAAGGCUGCCAACGCCGCCCUCGACGCGAAGUCGCACCGUGCCAACAUACCUGCAGCCCAUUGGGGCAGCCUAAACCAUGGGCGCCGGCGCGAGCGCCGUCCUCCCGGCGGAGUGCACGAAGGACGACGCUCGAGCCUUUGCGGGCGAACGGUGGAACGAGACCAUGGAUCAGAAGUUCGACGCGAUCUGCAGGGACGGUAAAAUAUCAAAGGAGACCGUAUUACAACACGAGCACUCCUUCGGACUUGCCAUAAGAGACUGGCGGCGCAUCAGUGAACAUGCCCACCAACUGACCGAGGCGGCGGUCAAGGAAGCUCCACCGGUCUUAGAAGUCGAUGUCGAACAAAUAACAGGUAAUAAAGCCGCGACGCGACUCCAGGGCGCGUCUCGCAAAACAGCCGCCUACAACGAGAGCAAGAUCAAGGUCGCGAAGAGGAUUAAUUGCUCCUUGGAACAUGCGGCCGAGCGGAAACAGAACAAGCUCGACGCGUUCAUGAGCAAACUAACGGAGAAAAUGGACACCCUUGAGGAAGAAAAACAGUCCAAGGAUCAGCUCCUAGAUACGAUCGACAAGAUGCGCAAGGCCGGCUGGCCCCGGAACUUACCUAAGGAUGAUCACCCGGGGAUGGACCUACCAGACCCAUUGACCAAAGAUGCGAUGUGCGACUUGCUGGAGCGCUUGAAUGAACAAGCCCGGAAGGAGACCAAAAAAAAGAAGGCUCGCAACGGCAUCAAGGACAUACUGCACGCGAAGUACGCCUUGCAGAUCGCUACGGGAUAUAUGGACGUCGUUCGUAAGCUCCCGUCAGUGGUCCAUGUGAACACGCAGCAGUCGGGCAAAAUUACGGUGGUCGGGGAUUUACAUGGCCAGUUGCGAGAUCUCAUACAUAUCUUUAGACAUAACGGCAUGCCCUCGUUUGAUAAUCCCUACUUGUUUAACGGUGAUUUAGUAGAUCGCGGCGACUACUCCGUCGAAAUAGUACUCUUGUUGUUUGGCUUCGCCGUGGCGGAUCCCGGAAGUAUAUAUAUCAACCGGGGCAACCACGAGGACAUGACGGUGUGCACGGGGUAUGGUUUUGUGGACGAGUUGGUCAAUAAAUUCUCGCAGAAUACGGCCGGUAGGCAUUUGCUGGCUAUUAUCGAUACUAUAUUCUCCUUGCUACCUUUGGUGCACGUCAUUGACGAGAACAUAGCCGUGGUCCAUGGGGGCAUCUCGGACAAGUUCGACCUCGACUCCCUGAAACAGAUAAACAGGCGGUUGUACCGCACCUUGACGGGCCUACCGCAAGCCAUCACGCACGACGAGAAAGGUUGUGAUGAGGAGGGCCACACCCACAAAGACUGGGCUGUUUUGAUGGACUGCCUCUGGAGCGACCCGGCCAAAGCCUCGGAGCGGUUUCCCGGUGACCUGAGGUGCAAGUCGAACGACGAGCGGGGCGGCGGCGUUUUAUGGAGCGAGCAGUUCACGAAGGAGUGGCUCUCACAGCACAAAUUGGGCUGUCUCAUACGAAGCCACGAGUGCCAGGACGAGGGGUACAAGACGCACCAUGAAGGUCGAGUAUUAACACUGUUUUCUGCCUCAAAUUAUUACGGGGAAGACGAGGAGAACGACGGGGCUAUCUUAGUGUUAAGUCCUUUGCAAGAUCCUCCGGGCAAGCUGUUGACUUAUAGUACGUGUUACGCGAAGGGUGGCUAUGAGAAAUUACGUACAGCUGAAUUGGCCGGCAAGAUGGAAUCUGCAGCAUUAGCAAGAGUAGAAGUUUGUUUACUCGAUCAUAGACGAGAAUUAGUAGCAGCUCUGAAAGCGAAAGACGUCAACGGCACGGGGCAGCUCAAGAAAGUCGAGUGGGCUUCUAUAAUGAAUGAUAUACUACCGGUGAAGUUGCCGUGGCUCCACCUCGCGGAGAAAUUUGUGCUGGUGACGAAGAAAGGCGACGUGAUAACGUACCUACCCCUCACGGAGAAGCUCGAGGCCAUGUUCGGCAAUAGUGAUGAAUCUAAGGGCAGGGAGAAUUUGUUCCGGAACCGCGACGCUUUGGUCAAAUUAUUCAGAUUGUUGGAUGCGGAUCAAAGCGGUUCACUAGAUAGAGCCGAGUUCGCGAAGGGCUGCGAGAUGAUCAAUGCGCUGGCGGACGACGGCGAGAAACUAUUUGAAAUGUCUGACAUCGACGGGUUCAUGGACGCGCUGGACGUGAACGGGGACGGCGCGAUUAGUUUCGCGGAGUUUUCCGAUGGAUUGCUGAACCACGGCUCCAUGGCGGCGCAUUCAGGCGCGGAGAUCGGCGUGCACUCGCCGGCGAAGCCGGUCGGGGAGCCUGCAGCAGAACCGGAGGCUGCGGCGGCGCCAGAAGGCGGCGGGGGCGAGGAGACUGGGUAACUAGUCUUGAAGAAA